UUUCAGUAGUUACUUGGCGCUUGUGUGGGCUGGUUGUGUCUCAUGGUUAGUUAUUUCCCGCGAAAAAUUACGAGCGCGUUUUCCGUUUUCUCGCUCAUGUUAUAACGUUUAUUUUUUGUUGUGUUUUUGUAUAUCUACGUGACAUUAUUGACGUGUUGCUUACGUGCUCUUGAGAAGGAUUUCUGUGUUUUCUUUAAAACUAUUUUUGUUUUUGUGUAAGGAUAUCUUUACCAGAUCGAGAACAAUGUACAUAUGAAUCCUGUGAUUAAUUAAAUGUCCACGUCGUGUGCUCGCGAGUGACUAGCGUGGAUGAGGUAACAGCUGUCGAGCUGGCGUGGUACGGGGCCGGCGGGGGCAUGCAGGCGGGGGGCGGCUGGUUCGUGCCCUGGACCAUGGGCAUGCAGAAGUUCGCGGUGGCGCUGCCCAUGGGGGGCGUGGUGCCAUUCGUGCCCCCCCUGCUUGCUACGCUGCCCCAAGCGCAGCCGCCAUUGAGGCUGAUUGCACCGCCACCUUUGCCUCACGCCCAGUCUGGCAGAAAGGGCGAAAAGGACAAUGGCAAGAACUGCAUUCUCUCGUGCGAGAAGAGGAAGGCCGAUGACACGGAUACUAACAAAGACUUGAAGAAGGCAAAAUUGGAGACUAAGGCAUUAAAAGCGAAGAGGCCAGGUUUCACCGAUGACAGAUACAACGAAACAUCUUAUUACAUCGAAAAUGGACUCAGGAAAGUGUACCCCUACUACUUCACAUUCACCACUUUCACGAAAGGGAGAUGGGUUGGCGAGAAGAUCCUUGACGUCUUCGCAAGGGAAUUCAGAGCUCACCCUGCUGCUGAGUACGAAAGGUGCAUCAGAGCUGGCACCCUCACAGUCAACUAUGAAAGAGUUGACCCUGACUAUAGACUCAAACACAACGAUCUGCUUGCUAACGUCGUCCAUAGGCACGAAGUACCGGUGACCAGCCAACCGAUCACCCUCGUCCAUAUCGACGAGGACAUAGUGGUUGUCAACAAACCAGCCUCUAUCCCCGUACAUCCGUGCGGUCGGUACAGGCAUAAUACUGUCGUGUUUAUUCUCGCCAAGGAGUACAACUUGAAGAACCUGAGGACCAUUCACAGGCUUGACAGGCUCACGUCAGGUCUCUUAUUGUUCGGGAGAAGUCCAAAGAAGGCGAGGCAAAUGGAGCAUCAGAUCAGAAACCGACAAGUGCAGAAAGAAUAUGUUUGUAGAGUCGACGGAGAGUUUCCAGACGAUGAAAUAGAAUGUCUCGAACCAAUCGAAGUUGUCAGCUACAAGAUUGGAGUUUGCAAAGUAUCACCCAAGGGCAAGGACUGUUCGACGACAUUCAAACGUCUAGGAUACAACGAGAAAAGUAAAACUAGCGUGGUUCUGUGCCGGCCGAAGACUGGAAGAAUGCACCAGAUAAGAGUACAUCUGCAGUACCUGGGUUACCCCGUAGUAAAUGAUCCGUUAUACAAUCAUCCCGUGUUUGGCCCCCUACGAGGCAAGGGUGGAGAUACGGGGGGCAAAACUGACGAAGAACUAGUGAGGGAUCUGAUAGCUAUUCAUAAUGCUGAGAACUGGCUUGGAGUUGAUGCGGCUGACGAUGAUCUUCUGUUCUCCAAACCUCCUGUUGACGAUAAAGUGUGCGAAGAUGAAUGUGACAACGGGCCAGCGUCCAGAGAAUCUUCGCCAAGAUUGGAGUCACCAGCUCCGGGACUUACUCCAUCAACCGUUAUGACUCCAACACUAGCAAGUCCAUCAAGUGCGACCGAGGCCCCAGUGGAGGAACCCUGCCUUACAAACUCUCUCACCGACUCGCAUGGUAUGAACGAAGACUCCAACGAUGCUAAGUCUGAGAAAGUGACAGUGGCUACUCAGACCGGCUGCACUGCCCCAGCUGUGCUGCCUGCGACAGACUCAGCAGUUCAGGCGGACCCAUUGACUCCAGACCCGCACUGCUACGAGUGUCGUGUUCGUUACCGUGACCCCAGGCCCCGGGAUCUCAUAAUGUACUUGCACGCUUGGAAAUACAAGGGACCAGGAUGGGAAUACGAAACCGAACUUCCACAGUGGGCGAGCGUCGAGUGGGAUGAACCGGAGAACUCAUAGUUACAGCAAAUGUCACCUUUGGGGAGCCGUCUCGCAUCUGUACUUCACGUAUCCCAUUUCUUUAAGUAAUUGGAUAGAAAUAGCCAAAACUAUAUUGCGAGAAAUAGAUUGUGAUCCAACUAAAGAUGAUGAUAUGUCCACCAUUGAAACACCUUCAAAUAAAAUUCUAUUUAAGAUGUUAAUGUAGCUAUUUUAUUUGAUAUGCGAGAAGCCCCAAGUGAUAAACAGAGCUGAAAUCACUGUUUUAAUGAUCGUGGCUGUUAUAUAAUACUAACUAAGUUAGCGAUAGGAAUAUAUUUUCAUUUCAUGUAAUCUUUGCACGAAUUCGAUGUGUUGGUAUAUUUUUGUUUUAAUUUUUCGGUUUUAGGCCUUGAAUGUAUCGCCAAGCUUACGUAGAUUUUGCCGUUAUUUGCGUACUACAUGACUGUGUAUAAGUUAAGAUAUUGUAGCGGUAUAACUUCAACUAUGUCAAUCUGUAUUAUAUUGACAGGUGAUUUGUUUUUGUUUCUGAAAAUCUGGACCACUUUUCUUAUAUCAAUUUAGAAAGAUGACCACUAUUUAAAAUUAAAAUUAGAAUGUAAAUCGUAACUUUUGUAUAUUAUAACGUUGACAUCAUGUUUGACUUCCAUUGUUGGUGUAGUCUCACUAAAUGUAAAUAAUAAAUAUGUUAUAAAGUAUUUUGUACUAUAUAUUCAAUUUUCAUCUUUGUGUUACUUAUCAUUGUUUAUGAUAUCGUUCAUUCUAAGGCCAUAUUAUGUUUUAGUUUCUUAUUUUGAUCAGCCCUUGUGUUUUGUUUUUGCUGUCCUCUUCAUAUAAUGAAAUGAAUCAACCAAAGUAAUAGAGGAGUUAUCUCCAAAGAUAUAAUUAUGUUUACGCCAAGUACUUGGAACAAUAUAAGUGAAAGCAGCAGUGUUAAAGACAUGGAUAAGUUUCUAUAAUUCAUUUAUAUUAUUAAGUUUGAGUGUUGUAGUACUUAAGUAAAAUUAUUUAGUUUUAUCAUUGCAAUUUGAUUGGUCAUCAGUGAUGUCGUAAACAUCGUUAGCAAGUAUUAUUAUAUAAAAGACAAUUCUUACUGUAACUUUGAUAAAAAUAUUUUCACGAGCUUUCAAUAAAUUAAUUCUAUGAAAAUAUAUAUUUUUCGUACUUCUAGCGUAGUUGUAGGUCGUGUAGUUACUUUGUACUGUUUUAUUUAUGUGUUGAGUAUAGAGUAAGCAUUAGGUUGAGUGAUAAUAUGAUAAAAUAACUUUUUUGUUGGUUGUGCCUUACCUGUGCUUACUCGUGCUGUUUUUGCUACUGUAUAUACGCUGUUGAUGUGCCAUCCUACAGCAUUAUAUUCAGAUAUGAAACUUAAUAUUAAAUCAAAGAAUUGUGUUUACAAUAUUAAUACAUUUACUGACGGUUACAAGACUGGAGUCUGUGAACGUUAUCGGUUUGUAGGAAUGUUAUAUCUGAAGGAAGAAAUUAAGAAUUCUUUCACUUUUUCAUAUGACAUCACCCAAAGUGAACCGUCAUAUAUAGCCUCAACAAUAAAUAACAUUUGGGAUUGAAUCAAAUAAAAUCUGGUAUAACAAUAACAAUGUUGUCUGCGAGGAAUCUUUUGAAUGCACAUGUCAAAACAUAACUUGAAGUUUGACGUAUAAGGUUUACAAUGGCAUAUCACAUAAUGCUGGCCUAUUAAAUGUUAGUAGUCAAGUAGGCUUCUAAAUGCAUAUUGUUGUAUUUUCAUAGAGUCUUAAGUAAUUGUUUAUUUCUGGUUAUUAAUUUUGUGUUCCCGGCAAAUCGUUUGGUAUUUACAUUUUGAGUUUUAAGUAGCCGUUUAUUUAUUCGUAAGAAAUAUUCAUGUGCCUUCUGGAAUAAAUUAAAUAUUGAUAAAAUUAACAGUUUUCAAAGAUUUUUUGUAUUAAUAAUGAGUAGUGAUAUAUUUUGGCGUCGAGGUUUCAGUGAUGAAGGGAAGAUACUUAUUAAAUUAGUCAUAUCAUGUUCUUGUAUUAUGGAAACAUAUUUUUGGACUGUCAUGAUUUGAAACUUACAAAUUUUCUAACAGUUUCUCCGUAAUCUAUUUAUUAAAGUUCGCUUUCUACACACGGAUACUUUGCUAUAAGCUAAUUAAUAUCGUUGUUUUAUAAGUAAGUGCCAUUUAUUGGCCAAAUAUUGUGUAUGUCUUAAUUUAGAAUCAUUUCUCUUGUUGAGACAGUUUCAUAUCCUUUGAGCUCUGAACAUACAUUGAAUUUAAUUUUUGCUUAGUUUUUACUAAAAUAAAAUUUCCUAAAUCUCAAGAACCAAAGACCAAAACAUCUGAAUUCCUUCUAAUUUGUUAAUAAAUGCACGUUUUGUUGUUAAAACAAAAAAAACAAUGGUUACAAAUUUAUGCAAAGAACAACUGUUAAUGACAAACCUAUUCUUGUAUAGGGUGUUUAAUACAUUAUAGUAAUUUUGGUAUAGAUUUUACCUUUUGUAGUAUAAAUAAAGUCUUCCUGAGAAGAAAUAAGAACCCCAAUACUUGUUGCCACAUAACUAAGGCUUCUUAAGUGGCGAUGACUAGUGUACUAGAAAUUAAUUCAAAUUAAAUGCUAUUUCUAAAUGAAAUCUCUUUACCAAUGUGAGAUUUGUUACUAUCAUUGCUGUUAGAUCAUUUAUGAAGUUUUACGGAUUGAUUGACAACUUAUCGCAUAAAGAUGUAUUAAGCCAGAAAUCAAGUCCUGUUUAAAUUGAAUUUCAUAUCAGACGGUCCGUUGAGGAAUGUAAUAUAUUCGAUGUACUCGACUAACUAAAUGAGAAAUAUACCCUUCCAACAGUCGCUUGCCAUUCUUAGUUUGAACCCAUGAAAGACAUAUGUUUUGUUGUUUAGGUAUUUGGUAAUUAAGAGUAUAUUAGUGUUUCCUUCCCUAGUUACAUGUUGUAAGAAUUAAUGUUUCCACAUACAAUUUAAUUAGAAUAAAGUUUAUCAUUGA